CACCCUCUUUUGUUCUCCAGGAUGAAUCAGGCACCAACUGUGGGCUUUGAGAAGGAUGUUGGCAGCCGAACAACCCACCAUUUCAUGUACCCCGAGAGUGCCAAGAACCUGCCUGCCAAUGUCAGCUUCGUGCUGGUACCCUUCAAGGCCCUGGACCUAAUGUGGAUUGCCAGCGCCCUCUCUACAGGACAGAUCCGAUUCACCUAUGCUCCAGUGAAGUCCUUCCUUCGAGUGGACAAAGAAAAGGUCCAGAUUUACAACCCAGCCUUCUUCAAGUACAUCCAUGACAGGUGGACAGAGCAUCAUGGACGGUACCCUUCCACAGGAAUGCUGGUGCUCUUCUUUGCACUACAUGUGUGUGAUGAGGUGAACGUGUAUGGGUUCGGGGCUGACAGCCGAGGCAAUUGGCACCACUACUGGGAGAACAACCGGUAUGCGGGCGAGUUCCGGAAGACAGGCGUGCAUGACGCCGACUUCGAGGCCCACAUCAUUGACAUGCUGGCCAAGGCCAGCAAGAUCGAGGUCUACCGAGGGAACUGAGCUGCCCAGGGCACAUCAGGACCAGUGAAGCCUGGUCCAGCGAGCACAGGCUGUCGCCCACCAAUCAGACUCUGCACUGAUCCCAGCAACCAAUCAGUGCUACCGUUGGGCGGAGCUUCUCUUUCUCAGCCAAUCAUGCGACUCAAGGAGAACUUCCGGCGCCGCUGUCUCCACCAAUCAUGGCCUUGGGAGGCGGCGGGGGCCCGGUGCCCCCCCCCCCCCCCCCGCUUUGGAUAAGCGUUUCUUUUCCACCUUUUAAGAGGCCAGUUCUGGUCCUGGCAGGAGCGCCUUAGACUGCUGAUUUCUCGGUUAGGCCCGGAUGGGUGAGUGAAGCCUGCCAAAGUGAGACCUCCAGGGCAUUCUGUGGCUCCCCAGGUAGUAGGGGGUUAGAUUCACCCCCCGCUGGGUGAACUUCCCUAGGGCCUCACUCAGUAACUAGUGUCAGCAAGGGGUAGGAAGCUCCACCAGGUCACUUGCAAGGUGCUUCUCUCACGUGUGCCCUCACUUCUACUGUCCCCCACCACCUUCUCAGCGUCUGACCUUUGGCCCUGGCUUUCUCUCUAGCUCUCUUGUUGAUUUGGAGACAAAAUGACACCGCCGGGAGGGACACUGCUGCUCACUCAGGCACACACAGCCCCUAUAUCUUUGGCCCUAAGGCGAGAGCAGCACAGUGGACAGCAGGCUGGAGAGGAGAGCCCAGCUGCCUGUGCAUGUACCUUUUUCUUUGUCACCCCAAAGAGGAGCAGGCAGCCUCUUGCUUGGGGGUAGGAUUUGCUUUGGGCUUAUACUUUAGUUACCCUGAAGCUGCCAGGGAUGGCUGCCCAAGUUUGCUUGACAAUUCUUUGCAGGCCUUGCAGAUGGCCUGGAGCUUUGCUGGGGAGGAGCAGAUUGGUGGCUGCCAUGCAUGCCUCCUCCUGUCUGUAUCUUUACCCUGCUUAACUCACCUGUUCUAACCCACUUUCCAGCCCCUAACGGGCUGGUGAGUAAAGAAUUAGGGGUUACAACUGGAAGCUACUUGCAUGACUCGACCCAAGUCAAGGUUGAGAUUCAGUGGGUGAAAGGGCUUCAGUGAUGGUCUCAGGCCACAGAAAGUACUCCCCCUUCCCUGCAGUGUCCACAUAAAUAUAUCCCAUUUUUAAUUAAGUUGACAUUACCAAGCAGCCUCCUGGCUGGGGGACAGUCACCCAAAGAGAGAGUAUUAGAGGGUUGGGGUAAAGCAGCAUGUACUGGGUAGAGAAAAAGGGGCUACGCUGAGUGGGGCUACAGGAGAACCUCUCAGGGCUCUAACCAUCUUGCAGUCAAGGCACCAGCGUUCUGUUCUUGCCUGUCUCAUCUCUGCUCUCUCAAGAAGCUGCUGUGAUGAGAAGCUGAAAAACAAUGCAAUUAUGCCAAACAGUAUUGAGAAUAAUUUAUUUUUCCUCCCCUUCCUCCUUUUGUUUUGUUUGAACCAUUAAUCCCCAUUCUGGAAGAGGUAGGUCCCAGCACCCAGAUCUUUUCUUCUAGUUAUUUAAACAUUUAAUUUUUUUCCUCCCCUAUCUUUUUCUGAAUUAAAAAAAAAAAAAAAACAAAAACAAAACAAAACCCAUGGAGUCACUCAUCUGUUCUGAGCUUUACUGUCUUAGGUGUAUCUAAGGAGGCACUAUAAUGGUAAAGAUGUUCGGGAGAACAAAGCAAUUCUGAUACCCUCUUAUAUGAGCUUAGUUCAUGGGCUCUUGCUCUCUGAAGUUCCCCAAAGGACUAUAAGUAUUGCAAUUUAUUGCACCAGGUAUGGUGGCAUGUGCCUUUAAUCCCAGGAGUUGGGAGGCUGAGGUAGGAAAAUUAGUUAAAGACUAACCUCAGCUGUAUGGCAAGUUUGAGGCCAGCCUGGGCUACAACGAGACUCUUUCUCAAAAGAAAAAAAAGAAAAAAGUGAGCAAAAAUGAAUUCACUAUUCCCUCUUCAGAUUCCUCUAAGAGUAAAAGAGUUCCUGGCUCACUUGGAAAGUCCUUUUAUAAACAUGAGCCACUAGAGGCUCCCAUAAAGUUGACCUUCACCAUGGGGAGAGCCCCUCUCUGGAGUUCUCCUUUCUUUGGCAUUUUUCUGCUGACUCAAUCACACUACACUGGCCCCCAUCUUGCUGCCAGUGCAACAAGGUGUUUUACAAGAGUGGUUCUCUGGGGGCAAAUAGUGCCUCCCUCGGCUUUGCAUAUCAUUAAGGAUAAAUAAUGCUUAGGAUAAAGGCUUAAAUAAAUUUCAGGAGGUUAACUGGGGAAAAAUGUUCUGUUGGGCCUGUACUUUUAGUCACUAAUAUAGAUGUCAAACGGAUCACAGAACUUUACUGAAAAACCCCUACAAGGAAUCCUUUUUAAUAUACUGUUAUAUCUUAGAUAUUGCAAGUUUUGUAGUUGGAUUUUCCCCCCAUGCUUUCUGGUUCCCCUUAUAAUGCAAGGCUUUUUAAAAAAAAAAAAUUUUAUUUGAAUUCUA